CGCAUGCUGCCAUCCCUGACCGGCUGCAGCGCCCAUAAGGGCUGCAAAGCAUCCCCGUGGUCUGGGUGGGCGAGCUGGUACCGACCCCUGAGGUCGGCCUAGAGGGUUGUGGACCUGCACUGGCUGCGUGGGACUUAAGGGGGAGACUUGUUCCUGCAGAAGAGUGCAUGGAAUGGGCUCGGGGACCCUGUGGUCUGUGCGUGACAUAGGGCGGAGGGCGCAGAUUGGAGCUGACGGGGUGAUGGGAAGUGCAGCUGACUGCAUAGCCACGUCUGGUAAAUAGUGGGUGGGUAGGACCCGAGUCACUUGGGUCCUCCUGGUUGCGUUUGCCUCUUGGCAACGGAGUAAAAUGGGCUUUUCUGCAGUCUCUUGUUUUUUCCACUUGGCUGGGGUGGUGGGCUGCGGUGAAGAGGAAGCUAGAUCUGGGGCAGCUGCCUGGCGACGACUGCUCUGCACCCUCAGAGUUCAGGCUCCCGUGUUUUCAGGUGGAGACGGAGCCUCGGUGGUCCCUCGGCUGGACCUCGCAGGCACCAACUAGGCUGCCCUCGGGCCCGCAGCGGGAGCCCACCGCACUGCGCGCAGGAAGGGGUUAAGGUGGCACACUCUAGCGGUCCGCCGGCUGCGGGCUCCGGUCAGCGGAGCAGAUUCCGGCGGGAGCGCGCCCGGCGGAAUCCGGGCUGGAGCCCCGGGCGAUGGGAUAGGGCCCAGACCCCUCCUGGGCUCUGGGGCCGGCGGGAUUGGGUCGGCGGGGGACCAGCCCGGAAGCCAGCUUUCUCUAGGCUCCCCCUCUCUGUGAAGCCAAUCGCCUCGCAGUCAGGCAGCUAGAGCGUUCGUUCUGUGCUUCCCUGCCGAGAUGUGAGGGAUUUUUCUCUCGGGAAGAAAUCAGUGGUCGAGUGCCUGCCCAGCUCAAAUGCCAUCCAACCCAGAGCAAGGUCUGAGGCCCAGGGAUCCCGGAGGGAGAGCAACGUCACACCUCCUGAGGACAGCCAGGAGGACUCUGGCUUUUGCUGAGCUGUGCAUCUUACCUCCUUCCUUCCAAAGGCUUCAGACCCAAGCUCCACUCUCCUCAAGUCGUGCGCUGUGCCCCUGGCUAAGCAUCUCACUGUCCCUCAAGCCCCAUCCAGUCGUAGAGCACACCUCGAGGACCUGCCCUCCUGCUCAGAAUGACUCACCAUUAUUUCCAGCUCAAGUGAGAAGAUGUGACGGGGACUGAGCUGCCUAUUUGUGUAUCUGUGGCCUCAGAUCUGCUCUUCAAGGAAGAGAACCUCAGGCUCCUGCCUGGCCAGCCAAAGGAGGCUGUGACUCCAACUCACAGAAGGCUCUGGGUCUUUCCUACAGGAACGCAGACUAAUGCUUCUGUGUUUCCUGGGGCCCAGUUACCAGCACCCUGAGUUCCCUGCUGCAGGCAGCUGGAAGGCAUAAAAUAAAGCACACUCCUCAGUCCCAAUUAUGACAGUGGCUACCGGAGACCCAGUGGAUGAGGCUGCUGCCCUCCCUGGGCACCCUCAAGACACCUAUGACCCAGAGGCAGACCACGAGUGCUGUGAAAGAGUGGUGAUUAACAUCUCAGGCCUGCGGUUCGAGACUCAGCUAAAGACCUUAGCCCAGUUCCCAGAGACCCUCUUAGGAGACCCCAAGAAACGGAUGAGGUACUUUGAUCCCCUCCGAAAUGAGUACUUUUUUGAUCGCAACCGCCCUAGCUUUGAUGCCAUUUUGUACUACUACCAGUCUGGGGGCAGGUUGAGGCGACCUGUGAAUGUGCCCUUAGAUAUCUUCUCCGAAGAAAUCCGGUUUUAUGAGCUAGGAGAAGAGGCAAUGGAGAUGUUUCGGGAGGAUGAAGGCUACAUCAAGGAAGAAGAACGUCCCCUGCCUGAAAAUGAGUUUCAGAGACAGGUGUGGCUUCUCUUUGAAUACCCUGAGAGCUCAGGGCCGGCCAGGAUCAUAGCCAUUGUAUCUGUGAUGGUCAUUCUGAUCUCGAUCGUCAGCUUCUGUCUGGAAACCUUGCCCAUCUUCCGGGAUGAGAACGAGGACAUGCAUGGUGGUGGGGUGACCUUCCACACCUAUUCCAACAGCACCAUUGGGUACCAGCAGUCCACCUCCUUCACCGACCCUUUCUUCAUCGUAGAGACUCUCUGCAUCAUCUGGUUCUCCUUUGAGUUUCUGGUUAGAUUCUUUGCCUGUCCCAGCAAAGCUGGCUUCUUCACCAACAUCAUGAACAUCAUUGACAUUGUGGCUAUCAUCCCUUACUUUAUCACCCUGGGGACAGAGUUAGCUGAGAAGCCAGAGGACGCCCAGCAAGGCCAGCAGGCCAUGUCACUGGCCAUUCUCCGUGUCAUCCGGUUGGUAAGAGUCUUUAGGAUUUUCAAGUUGUCCAGACACUCCAAAGGUCUGCAGAUUCUAGGUCAGACCCUCAAGGCCAGCAUGAGGGAAUUGGGCCUCCUGAUAUUCUUCCUCUUCAUCGGGGUCAUCCUCUUCUCUAGUGCUGUCUAUUUUGCAGAAGCUGAUGAGCGAGAUUCCCAGUUCCCCAGCAUCCCGGAUGCCUUCUGGUGGGCAGUCGUCUCCAUGACAACUGUAGGCUAUGGAGACAUGGUUCCAACUACCAUUGGGGGAAAGAUAGUGGGUUCUCUGUGUGCAAUUGCAGGUGUGUUAACCAUUGCCUUACCAGUCCCUGUCAUAGUGUCUAAUUUCAACUACUUCUACCACCGGGAGACAGAGGGAGAGGAGCAGGCCCAGUACUUGCAAGUGACAAGUUGUCCAAAGAUCCCGUCCUCCCCUGACCUAAAGAAAAGUAGAAGUGCCUCUACCAUAAGUAAGUCUGAUUACAUGGAGAUACAGGAGGGAGUAAACAACAGUAAUGAGGACUUUAGAGAGGAGAACUUAAAAACAGCCAACUGUACCUUGGCUAACACAAACUAUGUGAAUAUUACCAAAAUGUUAACUGAUGUCUGAUUGAAACCUAUUAAUGUACUCACAGCUCAACAGGACUAAUGCAGAUGUUGCAUAAUAGCCUGCAUUGUAGUCAGUGUUCUACAGUGUGCAUCUGGUUCUGCAUGGAAAGCAAUAGUCGUGCAAGUGACUUUUGAUCUUUUGAUUUUUGAUUUAGAACACAGAAUAUUUAUCAUGGCUUUCAUGAAAUCUUUAUCACCGACUUACAGGUUUCCAAAGAUGAGAGUCACCCAUGGAGCCAGCAUCUCAGAAAGGCACAAUGCAGCCCCCUCAUAGCCCCCACACCAUAUCAACACCACCUAUCUUCCCACUUAAACACAUGGGAGGUGCACUCUCCCCCACCCCAUACCUACCACCCCAUUUCAGCCCAUCUGCCCCUUCACAGAGGAACACACCAUCAUGGCUUAGUUCUAACGUCCGGUGAUGACUCCAAAGGUCAUCCCCACUUUCGCAUUGAGAGGAACACACAGUCCUGUGUGUUGGGACUACUUUCUGUGUCACAGGCUGGGCUUUGUGAACUGCAGUUACCAACUAGAUGCUCCUGAGGCUUAUGUUUCAUAACGGAAAAUGCUGCAUUCUGCUUUUUCUCUGCAGUGUCGGUGUGAGGGAAGCCUGGGGGUGGGGGAGGGACAGUUUAUAUGUCCAAAUCUGAGUUGUCAAGUUUCACAUUUGUUCCCUUAGGCCUAUGGGGAGAAGCUACCUAAUUCAGGGACUUCUCAGCCUCUGUUACCAUUUCGCAAGCUUCAGGGUCACAGAACAUGUUCGAUUUCUUCUUUUACUCUGGAGUUUGCAGACGUCUGCUUUCCUGAUGGUGUGGCCCAGCUCCACUGACACUGCAGUGGAGUAAACCAGUCAUGCAAUAGAGCUGCAUGGGUGUUCACUGCAUGAAUCUCAAUAUUUAAAACACAGGAGAUAACCUAUUUUCCUAGUAGCCAAUACAGUAUUCCUACUUAGAGUAUUAAUAGCCUCGGGAUGGAAUUGAACUAGGGUUUUUUCACAUCAGAAGGCAAAAAGCCCUCCAUCAGGGUAAAACAAACGGACCGUUUGGAAUGGGGAACCAAAACCUCUAGCUGGCCCUCUCAGCUCCCCUCUGUUCUUUCAGUGGGAGCACCGACCCUGCCACAUCAGGAGAAUAAACAGAGAAGUCACAGUGUAAACACUCACAUGACUGAACUUUGGGAAUUAAUCUAGUCAUGGGCAUGACUACACAGCUUACCAGGGAACUGGUCCUGAGGACAGGCAGGUCUGUGGGUUCAAUGUAUAUAAAUAUAUAUCCGCUAUCUAUCUCUCUCAUGUGUUCCUCUAGCAAGCUAUAGAAAAAUUGCAUUUGAACAUUGUAUAUGCUUAUGCAAUAUUUUGACACAGGGCAAUUAAUGCAUGUGUUUGACAAUGUGCACUAGAAUAUAUAUACAUACACAAGUGUGUGUAUAUGUACAGUAUACACACACACACGUAUAUUCAUUCUCUGGAGUUCGGUCAGAAGCAAAUCUAUUGCUUGGUGGGUUGGUUGUGUAAGAAACCCAAUGGGUAUGGUAAACCCACUGGGCCUGGGUUUGCUGUCAUUGCCUCAGACACACUCCAGUGUUCAUGGAUUCCUAGACAUUAGAAUUGUCUUUCUGCCCUCCAUGUGCUGCAGCUUCAGUUUCCCAUGGCUGAAGCUUGUCUUACUGAGUGCACAAGGGUCCUAUAGCCCUCACAGCUCCAGUUAUCCUGGGCCAGGCCCACCCAGGCUUCCUUCCUAAAAUCCACCUCAUAAAUCAUCUCCAUUAUUAUCCUCUGCCCCAUUUGAUCCUCUAUCGUUUGGUUCUACAUCCAUCAUUUUCAUGAACCUGUCCAUAGGACGGAUCCUCUGCUUUGAAACCAAGGAGUAAAACUCCCUGGGAACAGAUUCUGCUGCUCUAGACUUAAAGGAAGCCUCCUAUUGGUGGAAAUUUCCUAAUUCCAGAACCAAGGGAUGGACUCCCUAAAUGACUUAAAACAUCAUUUUGAUUACUAAACUCAGACUCUCUCUCCCUAGCAUACUGGUAGUAAGAGCUACCCUUUAAAAAAAAAGGAUACGUAAAGAAUUAAUCCUCACCCCAAAACCAAGUAAAGAAUGGAUGAGCACUGUGCAUCCUAGAGAAUGUGUUGGCCCUAAGAAGAGAGUGGGGAAAG